UUCCUGGUUGAAGAUGGCGGAUGAGAAUGAGACAGCACCGAUGCCGGAGAAAGAAGAUGUAGAGGAUCACGCACACUGCAGCGACUGUGAAAAUGAAGAGCACCACUUUGACGAUGGUGAGAGGGGUCUUGGGGACGACACUGGCGCCAAGAAGAAGAAAAGGAAGCAAAAAAAGAAGAAGAAAUCUGGUGCCACAGAAGCAGCUCAGGACCCCCUUGCCAAGGUGAAUUCGUUGCCAGCUGAUAAGCUACAGGAGAUCCAAAAGGCCAUUGAACUGUUCUCUGUUGGCCAAGGUCCAGCCAAAACCAUGGAGGAGGCCACUCGGAGGAGUUACCAGUUCUGGGACACACAGCCUGUGCCCAAACUAGGGGAGACGGUGACAUCACACGGCUCCAUUGAACCUGACAAAGACAACAUUCGAGAAGAGCCCUACAGCCUCCCGCAGGGCUUCAGCUGGGACACCCUCGACCUGGGGAACCCCGCUGUGCUCAAGGAGCUUUACACCCUUCUCAACGAGAACUAUGUUGAAGAUGAUGAUAACAUGUUCCGAUUUGACUAUUCUCCUGAGUUCCUGCUCUGGGCCCUGCGACCUCCUGGCUGGUUGCCUCAGUGGCACUGUGGAGUGAGGGUUAACUCCAACCAGAAGCUGGUUGGCUUUAUCAGUGCCAUUCCUGCCACCAUCCACAUCUAUGACAUAGAGAAGAAAAUGGUUGAGAUUAAUUUCCUCUGCGUCCACAAGAAGCUUCGCUCCAAACGAGUCGCUCCAGUUCUGAUCAGAGAGAUCACCAGACGGGUCAACCUGCAGGGAAUCUUUCAGGCAGUGUAUACUGCUGGAGUGGUACUACCCAAACCUGUGGGCACAUGCAGGUACUGGCAUCGCUCUUUGAACCCUCGAAAACUAAUUGAAGUGAAGUUUUCCCAUCUGAGCAGGAACAUGACUAUGCAGCGGACCAUGAAGUUGUACCGCUUGCCAGAGGCCCCAAAGACUUCUGGUCUGCGGCCAAUGACCAAGAAGGACGUGCCCGUGGUGCAUCGCCUCCUCCGUGAAUAUCUGAGCCAGUUCAACCUGGUGCCAGUCAUGAAUCCGGAAGAGGUGGAACACUGGUUGCUGCCCCAAGAGAAUAUUAUCGACACUUACGUGGUGGAGAAUGAUGGCAAAGUGACAGACUUCCUGAGUUUCUACACUCUGCCCUCUACCAUUAUGAAUCAUCCUGUGCACCGCAGUCUAAAAGCAGCAUACUCCUUCUACAAUGUGCACACCACCACCCCCCUGCUCGACCUGAUGUCCGAUGCCCUCAUCUUGGCCAAAUCGAAAGGGUUUGAUGUCUUUAAUGCACUGGAUCUAAUGGAAAACAAGACUUUCUUGGAAAAGCUUAAGUUUGGCAUCGGGGAUGGGAAUCUACAGUAUUACCUGUACAAUUGGAAGUGUCCCAGCAUGGGGCCGGAAAAGGUGGGAUUGGUUUUGCAGUGACAUCCCUUCUAAUGCAGAAAGCAAGUGGCACCAUCAGGUGAGGAGGUGGCACAAUCGCACUGGCCACCUGACAGAUGAACUGAUGACCUCCUACUUUAAGAAUGGAAACCCACCGCCCAUUUUUACUUUUUGACCUUUUGAACUUUGACCUGCACUACCGCUGCCAGGCAGGGAGGCAGGGGGGAGUCUUCAGCUCUUCCCUCCUCCCUCGAUCACAUGGACCUUAAGCCAUUGUAGUUACCAUCCCAAACAACUGUACAUCUGAAAGCUGUCUUGAUUGUACCAUACACACACUCACAAGAACAGUUUGCACAGGUUACUGGAUACCAAACGCUCAUUGUUGGCGACAAAGCAUACCGUAUGUGUAAAUAAUGUCAAACAUAACUGCGAAUUACACCCUAACGCAUACAGACUAGAGCCUACUGUUUGUUGGAAGUGCUUUUUGCAACUACAAUAAUUCUGUCAUCCUUAAGUUUUAGAGAUAAAAAUCAAAAGGAUCAAAAUUAUUUUAAAGAGAAAACGGCUGAAAAGGUGAGAUAAUAAAUACCAAAAGUGUACACAAGAA